CUCCUCCUCAGCCCUCCAUAUAUACCCGCCGCGAUGCUGCAACGGAGGCACAUUCGGUUGAGAAAGACGAUUCGGGUUCACCAUGGGGAACUGCUGCGAGGCCAUAUGCAACGUCCGCAAGAACACCAACGUCCGGGUUAGCCUGCCGGCGGUCUGCUUCGUGUGGCAGGUCGCGAUGGUCAUCCUCUUUGGAGUGUUCAUCCGCUACGACGACGAGUCGGACGCUCACUGGGAGGAGUUCAAAGAGGAGAACAACAUCACCAGCGAUAUUGAAAAUGACUUCUACUUCAGAUAUCCCAGUUUCCAGGACGUCCACGUCAUGAUCUUCGUCGGGUUCGGUUUCCUGAUGACCUUCCUGAAACGUUACAGUUUCGGAGGAGUGGGCUUCAACUUCCUGAUCGCCGCCUUUGGCCUGCAGUGGGCUCUUCUCAUGCAGGGCUGGUUCCACGCCCUGGACCCCAAUACCGGAAAAAUCACCAUCGGGGUGGAGAGUUUGAUCAACGCUGACUUCUGCUGCGCCGGCUCUCUGAUCGCCUACGGUGCCCUGCUGGGCAAGGUCAGCCCUGUCCAGACGUUGGUAUUCACCUUGUUUGGUGUGACGCUCUUCGCCGUGGAGGAAUACAUCAUCCUCGACCUCCUGCAUUGCAGAGAUGCUGGUGGCUCCAUGGUCAUCCACGCCUUCGGGGGAUAUUAUGGUCUGGCCAUCUCCUGGGUUCUGUACAGACCCAAACUUAAACUAAGCAAACGCCUGAACGGAUCCGUGUACCACUCGGAUGUGUUCGCCAUGAUCGGUACGCUCUUCCUGUGGAUGUUCUGGCCCAGUUUCAACUCGGCCAUCACGGACCACGGCGCCGGUCAGCACAGGACGGCCAUCAACACUUACAUCGCCCUGGCGUCGUCCGUCCUCACCACUGUCGCCAUAUCCAGCAUGUCCCAGAAGGGAGGCAAACUGGACAUGGUACAUAUACAGAAUGCCACCUUGGCUGGCGGCGUCGCCAUGGGAACGGCGGCUGAGUUCAUGAUCAUGCCCUACGGCGCUCUCAUUGUGGGCUUCCUCACCGGCAUGAUCUCCACCUUCGGCUACCUGUUUAUCUCGCCCUUUUUGGAAAAGUACCUCAAGAUUCAAGACACGUGCGGCGUCCACAAUCUGCACGCGGUCCCGGGCAUGCUCGGCGGCUUCACCGGCGCAAUCGUGGCCGCCGCCGCCACCGAGAGCGUCUACAGCAAGCAGGGACUCAUCGACACCUUUGACUUUGAAGGCAAGUUUGAGAACAGGUCUCCGGGCACGCAGGGGGGGUUCCAGGCCGCCGGAACGUGCGUGGCUAUCGCCUUUGGGCUCGUGGGAGGAGCGCUUGUUGGUCUCAUCCUCAGGAUCCCAAUCUGGGGCGACCCUGCUGACGACAACUGCUUCGACGAUGAGGUCUACUGGGAGGUCCCCGAGGAAGAGGAGAGCAUCCCUCCGGUGCUGGAGUACAACAACCACAUGAUCAACAAGGACCUAUCUGAGUCCAACUUCUCCGUGGAGCAGACCUAGUCGCACAGCGGAUGAGCCCCCUUGGACUUGACGGGGCAAUCAACAAAAUUGCAUCAACAAGGACGAACGCUUAAAAAUCGCUUCUGAAUCAGGCAACACCGGACAGAGGAAAGCUUAACGUGCGCGAUUCGAUUUUGGAUGUAAAUUAAUCCUAUAAAUGUAUGCGUGGGAAAUAGUUCGUUUGGAAUAUUUGCGUAUAUGUGCAGAAUGAAGUAGUUCCAAUGUCGCAAAGGCCUCUUCCCCUUUAUGACGGUGGCAAAAGGUUUGAAAUCUUUUGCGCCGUCCGUCCAUUGAAACGUAUUUGUUGAGAAUAUGAAAUAUGAAUGGUAGCCCGUGUUCCUUUUAAAAUGAACGGAAGGCGUUUGUUUUUUUUAAAUGUAAGAAAUAUGUAUAUAAGAGUGUAAUUGUUUCUCGCCGCAUGUCACACUUGUUGGUAAUGUGAUAGAAGAUUUGCUGACUUUACAUAAUAUGUUGCUCAAUGACUUUAAUAUUGAUGUAUUUUUCGUUUCUGUUCCCGAAUCACAUGUAAAUGCAAAUUAAAGGCAUCAAGUGAUAUUC